CCGGGCCGCGACCCGAAGCGCCACAGCGAUGGCCGGAGCGGCGGUAAACCACAUCCUCGGGCUCGUGCUCGUGCUCAUCGACUUUGCACUGUACCUGGUCACGCUCGGCCCACUCAUCACGCUCUACCGCUACCUCACGGCGCAGACGGUGUUCGCGAAGCCCGUGGCGGACGCGGACAUCAACAAGGGAGGCCCGCCGAGCAAAGUGUGGCGCUCGAUCGACGCCAUUGAGGACGGAAAGCUGGAGGAUGGCAUCGCCUGGUUUGGCGGGUGCCACACUGCCUACGAAGCGUUCGCGCUCGCCUACAGCAAGUUCGCCACCAACCGCGCUCAGGGCACACGCACGCUCCUCGAGGCCAAGGUCGAGUCCGGCUACCGCUUCCCGACCAAGGCGCGCGCGAUGUUCGGGCCGACGACGUGGCGGACAUACGCGGAGCUCGGCGAGCUCGCCCAUGCCUUUGGCGCCGGCCUCCGCCACCUCGGCAUCGAGCCGCAGCCGGCCGACGCCGUCUCUGCAGACCACAAGGGCGCUCUGGUCUACGACGAGACCUCCGCCGACUGGAUGGUCGCGGCGCACGGAUGCAUGUCGCAAGACAUCGUCGUCGCCACCUCCUACGCCACCCUCGGCGUCGACUCGGUCGCCAAGGCCGUCAAGCAGGGCGCGGUCAGCGUCCUCGUCUGCAACCGCAAGGCGGUGCCGGCACUGCUCAAGAUGGUGGACCAGAUGCCCAGCCUCAAGGUGAUCGUCUACACCGACGCCCUCUGCACAAUCAAGGAGUGCGAGUCCAAGGUCUCCGGCGGCAAGAAGCCCACCCUCCUCUCGCUCGACGAGGUCAUCUCCAUCGGCAAGGCGCACCCGCGCCCUCCGACGCCGCCCAAGCCGGACUCGCUCGGCGUGCUCAUGUACACCUCCGGCUCGACGGGCGACCCGAAGGGCGUGAUGAUCCUGCAGAAGCAGCUCCUUGCCCAGAUGGCCGGCCUUGUCCACGCCAUGCCCGAGGAGGCGCGGGACCCGUCCGUCAACCCAGGCACGCACAUCGCCUACUUGCCGCUGGCCCACAUCUUCGAGCUCGUCAUCGAGUUCGCCUUCUUCGGCUCGGGGCACGCGGUUGGCUACGCGGACCCGAAGACGCUUCUGCCCGGGCCCGAGAAGUGCAAGCCGACCGGCUCGCUCGAGGAGUUCCAGCCGACGCUCAUGGCGGGCGUGCCCAAGGUGUGGGAGGCGAUCAAGGCCGGCGCUCUCGCGAAGGCUUGGCAAGGCGGGGCGGACGGCGGUCUUGCUGUGAAGGUGAGCAAGGCGGGCCCGACUGCAGUCUUCCUGAUCGGGCUCGCAGUCAAGAUGAAGGCACUGGCGACCAAGCAGUACCGGUACACGCCCCUGUUCAACCUGCUGCUCAAGAAGUUCAAGCAGACGACGGGCGGGCAGCUGCAGCUCUGCGUCUCGGGCGGAGGCGCAAUCUCGGGCGAGGUACAGGAGUGGGAGGUGACGCUCCAUUCUGAGCCGGAGAUCACCGACGCAGACGGCGCGCCCUACCUGACCACCGACACGCUGCACUGCACGGGCGAAGUCUGCGCGGGGCGCGGCGAGGUCUGGAUGCGAGGCAACAACCUGUCGGUCGGCUACUACAAGAUGGCGGAGCUCACCGCCUCCGAGUACACGCCCGACGGCUGGUUCAAGUCGGGCGACAUCGGGCUGCUCACGCCGGGCGGCGCGCUCAAGAUCGUCGACCGCAAGAAGAAUCUGGUGAAGCUCAAGGGCGGCGAGUACGUGGCGCUCGAGAAGAUGAACACGGCCUACAACAAUUCUCCUUUCGUCGAGGUGGAGGCGGGGGGCGUCUGCUGCUUCGCCGACCACACGCUCGACCGCUCGGUCGCGCUGGCGCAAGUCAAGGAGAAGGCGCUGGUCGAGGCGGCCAAGGGAGUCGGCAUCGAGGGCGAGCCGAAGGAGCUCGCCGCCAACCCGGAGGUGCAGGCGCUCGUCGUCGCGUCCUUCAAGGAGGAGGCCAAGAAGGCUGGCCUCACCGCGCUCGAGACGGUGAUCGCCGUCUACCCGCUCGUCGGAGACCCGUGGAGCCCGGAGAACGGCUGCCUGACGGCGACGCAGAAGCUCGUGCCGAAGAAGUGCUUCGCGCACAACGCAAAGGAGCUCGAGGUCGUCAAGAAGAAGGGUAUCCGCUGAGUCGGAUGGCGGGCGCGGAGAAGGCGCGGUGACGGCGUCGCGGGUGAGGCGGCGAGGUGUGGGGCGGGAGAGGGGGCAUGCGCUCGACGCUCUCGGCGCGAGUCGAGAGCUGUGCGAGCGGAGGGAGACCUCAGCGCACUGCCUUCGCUCCGCCUGUCAAAAAGGGCGGGCGACGGAGGCAGCACACCUUGUGGGGGAGGCCCAGCGGAGCUCUGUGAUGGUGUAGUACACAUUCGAGAUGUAUUGUUCAUUUAACGCCCGGUUCCGGUUGCCG